AAGAAGAGCAAAGAUGACUUACUUAAAGUUGUUUGUGCUAUUUCUUGUAGUGGUUAUUCUUAUCACAACUUCAUCCAAUGCCCAAUACAAUGAGGAUGACAAGCUACAAGUCACUCCCAUAAGACACGAAAUUUACAAGCCAUCAAUGUUUAUACCACCAUUAACUAAGCCAUGGCUACCACCAUUUCCCAAGCCAUGGCUACCACCAUUUUACAAGCCGCCAUUUCUUCCUCCUAUUGUAGUGAGACGACCACCACCUCCACCUCCGAAGAAUCCGCCACCACCCCCACCGCAGAAGAAUCCGCCACCACCGCCACCUCAGAAAAAUCCUCCACCACCGCCACCUCAAAACAAACCACCGCCACCGCCCCCAACUCAGAAGAAUCCGCCACCACCGCCACCUCAGAAAAAUCCUCCACCGCCGCCACCUCAAAAAAAUCCACCGCCACCACCCCCACCUCAAAAAAAUCAACCACCAACACCAACUCCAACACCACCUAGAAAAAGUCCGCCACCAACACCAUCACCAACUCUAACACCAGCUCCAACUCCAACGCCAACACCAACACCAACACCAACACCAACGCCAACGCCAACGCCAACACCACCUAGAAAAAGUCCGCCACCAACACCAUCACCAACUCUAACACCAGCUACAACUCCAACGCCAACACCAACACCAACACCAACACCAACGCCAACACCAACGCCAACGCCAACGCCAACACCAACACCAACACCAACACCAACACCAACACCCCCUGGAAAGAAUCCACCACCAACUCCAACACCAACACUAGGUCAAAGCAACCCCCCUCCAGCACCUUUACCGAGUCAAAACAGUGCACCACGAACACCACCAACUCAGAACAAUCCACCACCAACACCUACACCUGGUAAGCCCAACCCUUUUCCAGCACCUUCACCGGGUCAAAUCAAUCAUUCGCAAGCACCACCUCAACAUAAUUCACCACUAGCACCAUCACCGGGUAAAAACAAUCAUUCGCCUGCACCACCGCCUAUGAAUAAUCCACCGUUAAUAUCGUCACCUCAAAAUAAUCCACCACUAGCCCCACCACCAGGACAAAACAAUCCUCCACGAGCACCACCACCUCAGAACAUUCCAUCAUUAGCCCCAUCACCAGGACGAAAUAAUCCUCCACGAGCACCACAACCUUUGAACAAUCUACCACCAUCACCAUCACCAAGUCAUAGCAACCCUACUCCAGCACCUUCACCAGGUCGAAACAAUCCUCAACGAGCACCACCAUCACCAUCACCAAGUCGGAACAAUCCACCGCCACCAACAUCAUCAAGUCAGAACAAUCCACCGCCACCCCAGCCAAACAAUCGACCGCCACCACCUUUACCUAGUCAAAACAGUCAUCCACCACCACCAUCACGUGGUUGGAACAAUCCCCCACAAGUUCCACUACCUCAGAACAUCCAUCCACCACCACCUCCACCAAAUCUGAAUAAUCCUCCUCCACCACCUUUAGUAAGUCGAAAAAAUCCUCCCCCACCACCAUCCCCAGGUCGAAACAAUCUUCCUUCACCACCACCACCACCAAGUUUGAACAAUUUGCGACCACCCCCACCAAUUAUCCAUAAAAAUUGAGUCAAUAUGAGCUAGAUGAUUCCUUGAAAUAAGAGUUGUCAAAACUUAGUUGUCAACAGCUUCUAAUAUGAUCGAUUACCUAUAUAAUACUAUAUAUUAUAUAAAUAUAGUAAUAUAUAACUGCUUUUGUAACUGCUUUAAUGAAAUUUGGUUUCCUCUUGCAA